AUGGCUCAUUAUGGUUUUCAUAAGGUAAAAAAGCUUUUCCUUCUAUGAGUUUAGCUUAAGAAUUGCCCAGUUUGUAUUAAUAUUAUACUAUGAUUGAAAUUGUUUACAUUUUCUUAUUUUUUUAUGCUUAGAUAGAUGAAGAGGCCGAGAAUGGCGAUGAUGAACAUUCUGAUGGUCGUGUUCAGCCAUCACAAAGUUUUACCAAUGGGUUUAACUUCAAUUUCCCGAAGAAAAAGCAGAUUGCGAAAACUUUUAGUCGAAGGAUCCCCAAGGACAAUAUAAACGAUGAUGUCCCGGAGAUUGUUGAUGUUCGUCCUGAUGACCAGGAGCUGGAGUUCCGGAGGUUUAUAAAAUACGUUGCGCAAUGUAUGGAUGGGCUUCCGGUAAGUUUAGCUUUCUUUUUCGUUUCAUAUUAGUUUAGGUAUACGAUUAUCAAAACGACAACCAUCGAUUGGCGGUGCUCGGAGCAAAGAAAGCCGGUGCUCCGUACCGAAUGGAGCCAGUCAUGGAAGAGCUCUAUCAUCUUCAAGAAGAGAGGAAAUUGGAAGAACUUUCAGACGACGAUGGAUUUCAAACUUCAAAUGAUACAAUAAACAAAUUCACUAUUGAAGAAAGGUUUACAAAUAUGAUCAGACCAAAGAUUAGUGCUCCGUCUUUCAUUGCUCAGUCGAGUACAUCCUCUAAUUUGAAUGGAUUGAGUCGAACAGAGAAGGUUAGGAAGCAUCGAUCAGACCCGAGUUUGGAUAAUUUUAAUGAGUUUGAUGAUGUGGAACAUUUACGCAGCGAAGAUAAUGGCCCGAAAGUGUCCAUUGUGUCUAGUAGUAAGUAUUUUAACUCUUCUGGGUUUUGCUUUUUAGAGAGUUGAAGAAUUUCGAUAUUACUUUAGACAUUUGUUGAAGCAGUAAUUUAGCAAGGGUGCAUUCGCUGCUUCUUAUUGGGGUAUAAUAUCACCCUUCUGUCAUAUUGUCCAUGCCCAUUUUCAGCUCUGGAAAACAACCGAAAAAUAAGCUGUAAGACCCAACGAAGUACUGACUCGCUUUCCUCGAUGCUCAACUCCUUGCUACAUUGGCGUCGCAAAGUCGUUGAUUUGGCAGCAGUCGUGCCUCUGAAGCGGCGAAAAAAGAAGUCGAUUACAAUAUUGGAGGCUGACAUUCCCAAAGAUAUUCAACGCAAAUCCUCUGAUGAUACAGUCUCCACAGGCACUGGACCGUCUAAUGGGAUCGAAGAAAAGGAGGACAGUCAACUUCGAGGACUGAAACUGCCUGAAUUUGUCAAAGUUUUUGAGGAUUUUAUCCAUCCGACAAUCGAGGAAGACAUCGAGGACAUGAUUAUGGUAGAUUUUAUCUUGUAAUCAUUUUUUGUUUCGUUUUUAGAGAGAGCGAGCUUGUUCUUGUCAUCAGCACACGUUUUUACCGGAUGCUGAGCCUGAUGUUGCCCCAUAUGCCAAAGAAUUUGAUGAAGAGGAGGGUGAUGUAGAAGUUCCAGUGGUUGAUGUUCCGGUGAUGAUUGCUGUGGUAAAACCCACAUUCCGCGAUAGGAUCAACAAGCUACUCAAUAAACCGAGAAAAUUGUUAAAAGCUAGAAAUUGA